GAGAGAGAGAGAGAGAGAGAGAAAGAGAGAGAGAGAGAGAGAGAAUAGGCAGUGGAAACACGGCAUAGUGACACAAGGGCGAAAGUGGAGAGCCAGACAGUUUUCGGUAAAAGGCGUUAGCUCAGCUAGUGUAAUGUAGUGAACAUUAUUCCGCUAGAGAAAGACGGGGCGGCCCCUGUUUUAGAAACUCCUUGUCCUCCCAUACGGGGCUAACGCAAUAGCCUACUAGAAUAGAACAGAGUUUUCGAUUACUACAUUGAUUGCCUACGGUCCUGUCUGGAGCGAAGCUUUAGCGCUCUAACUAAUAGACAACGCUAGAAUAGAUCAGAGGAAACCAGGACAGCUCCAGCGCCAAGAUGCCCCUGGCACAAUUGCCAGAUCCCUGGCAGAAGAUGGCACUGGGGCGGGCGGCAAGCGAGGAUGCCCAUCGACAUGUUCUGGAGGAUUCUAUUGGAGAGGAUGAUUCUAUGUCCUGUAACGAGGAUGAGACUGUCAAUGAGAUCAACAUCACCAACCAUACCAAGGAGGGGUCAGAGAAGGGUGACCCUCGACAGUUCGAGCUCCGCAAGGUCCUAGGACAAGGCUCCUUCGGAAAGGUGUUCCUGGUCAAGAAGACUACAGGUCCAGAUACAGGACAGCUCUAUGCCAUGAAGGUUCUGAAGAAAGCUACACUGAAAGUGCGUGACAGGGUGAGGACUAAGAUGGAGAGAGACAUUUUGGUGGAGGUCAACCAUCCCUUCAUCGUUAAACUGCACUAUGCGUUCCAAACAGAAGGGAAACUCUACCUCAUCCUGGACUUCCUACGAGGAGGAGACCUCUUCACACGACUGUCUAAAGAGGUGAUGUUCACAGAGGAGGAUGUGAAGUUUUACCUGGCAGAGUUGGCCCUGGCCCUGGACCACCUCCACAGCCUGGGCAUCAUCUACAGAGACCUCAAACCAGAGAACAUUCUUCUAGACGAGGAGGGACACAUCAAGCUGACAGACUUCGGCCUCAGUAAGGAGUCUAUAGACCAUGAGAACAAGGCCUAUUCGUUCUGUGGGACGGUGGAGUACAUGGCUCCGGAGGUGGUCAACAGGAGAGGCCACACCACCAGCGCUGAUUGGUGGUCCUACGGCGUGCUCAUGUUUGAGAUGCUGACCGGAACGCUACCAUUCCAGGGGAAAGACCGCAAGGAGACCAUGAACAUGAUCCUCAAGGCUAAGUUGGGGAUGCCACAGUUUCUGAGUCCAGAAGCCCAGAGUCUCCUGAGGAACCUUUUCAAACGCAACCCUACUAACAGGCUAGGAGCUGGCCCAGACGGAGUGGAAGAGAUCAAGAGACACCACUUCUACUGCACCGUAGACUGGAACAAACUGUUCCGUAGAGAGCUCCACCCUCCCUUCAAACCUGCUACGGGACGACCUGACGACACCUUCUAUUUCGACCCAGAGUUCACUGCUAAAACACCCAAAGAUUCCCCGGGGGUUCCACCCAGUGCCAAUGCCCACCAGCUGUUCCGAGGAUUCAGUUUCGUAGCCAUAACAACAGAAGAAGAGGCACAUCCACUACAGGCUACAAUAGUAAAGCAGCUGCACAGAAAUGUGUCCCAGUUUUCUGAAGCAUAUGAAAUGAAGGAGGAUAUAGGACUCGGAUCAUACUCCGUCUGCAAACGCUGCAUACACAAGACCACUGGCAUGGAGUACGCAGUCAAGAUCAUCAGUAAGGCCAAGAGAGAUCCAACGGAGGAGGUGGAGAUUCUACUGAGAUACGGACAACAUCCCAACGUCAUAACACUGAAGGACGUGUUUGAUGAUGGCAGGACAGUGUAUCUGGUCACAGAGCUGAUGAAGGGAGGAGAGCUGCUGGAUAAGAUACUGAGACAGAAGUUCUUCUCAGAGAGAGAAGCUAGCGCUGUCCUAUACACCAUCACCAAGACUGUUGAAUACCUACACGUACAGGGGGUGGUGCACAGGGACCUGAAGCCCAGUAACAUCCUGUAUGUGGAUGAGAGUGGGAACGCUGAGUCCAUUAGGAUCUGUGACUUUGGUUUUGCCAAGCAGCUGAGAGCUGAGAACGGCCUGCUGAUGACGCCGUGCUACACAGCUAACUUUGUAGCUCCAGAGGUGUUGAAGAAGCAGGGUUACGAUGCUGCCUGUGACAUCUGGAGUCUGGGAGUCCUACUCUACACCAUGUUGACAGGGUUCACUCCAUUUGCCAAUGGUCUAGAGGACACUCCAGAGGAGAUCCUGGCUCGGAUCGGUAGCGGGAAGUUCUCUCUGACCGGAGGAUACUGGAAUUCUGUCUCAGCCGAGGCCAAGGAGCUGGUGUCUAAGAUGUUACACGUGGACCCUCACCAGCGUUUGACAGCUGGCCAGGUGUUGCGUCAUCCCUGGGUCACACAACGCGACCAGCUGCCCAAAUUCACACUCACCAGACAGGAUGCUCCACACCUGGUCAAGGGCGCCAUGGCAGCAACCUACUCUGCCCUCAACAGGAACGUUCCACCUGUCCUGGACCCUGUGGGAUGUUCCACUCUGGCCCAACGGAGGGGGGUGAAGAAACUCACAUCCACUGCCCUCUGACCUUUAACCUUUCACCUCGGACUUAUAACCUUGCUGGAGGUCUGUUCAGACAGACGGGCAGACCUGGUCCCUCAGGUGACCUGGACAGAACUCUGAUGCACCUGGGACCCCCCUGACCCUUCUCUGUUAGGAACUAACCCAGUGGUUUCCACCCCUGGUGCCAGAGAGAUACAGAGUAUGCAGGCUUUAGAACCUGUUAGGGCUGGAACUAUAGCCUGUAGCUCUGUUGGACCAGGGCUGGUGGUGACCACUAACAUUGUAUCGUCUCUCCAGUCUUUGCUUUGUACAAUCAGCGUUGCCUCUAGAUACUCAAGAGACACGUGUCAGGAACAUGAAUGUGCUGUAUAUAGAUGUGAACUGUAUAACUGUAGCUCUGUGUGUAAACCUUAAGUAGCCUCUUUAGUGACCGAGUCAUUACAGGGACAAAACUAGUGAUGUCAUCAGAGUGAGAGCAAAUGGGACUUCCACUGACCCUGCCCCCUAUAUUGAAACAAGCUCCUCCCAGUCAGCCACAACAUCCAAUCAGAGUGACGGGAAUGAGGUCCAAUCAUGGCUUCGGUGGGCCAGUCUGGGUACCGCCUACCCUGUCCACACCAACUCAGCUCUACAGACACAAAGGUAAACGUUAUCCUGGACCAGUGUUAAGCGGUGGUUAGCUGGGCAGCGAGUCUGUGGCUUGCCCAGUGUGCAUGUUGCUGCCUUAUACAGUGCCCUCUGUAAUUAUUAUUUUGUCUUCUAUUGGCUCUAUACUCAAUAAGUUUGGAUUUAAAAUCAAACAAUGACUGAGGUUAAAGUGAGGACUGUCAGCUUUCAUUUGAGAGUAUUUUCAUCCUUAUCCAGGUGAACCGUUUAGAACUUAUAGCACUUUUGUAUUGAGACAAAUUGACGUGUGUGCAUUUUUUAAGUAGUCAAAAGUUAAGUAUUUGGUCCCAUAUUCAUAACACGCCUACAUCAAGAUUGUGUCUCUACAAAUUUGUUGGAUGCAUUUGCUGUUUGUUUUGGUUGUGUUUCAGAUGAUUUUGUGUCCAAUAGAAAAUAAUGGUAAAUAUUGUAUUGUCAUUUUGGAGUCACUUUAAUUGUAAAUAAGAAUAGAAUGUUUCUAAACACUACUACAUUAAUGUGGAUGCUACCAUGAUUACGGAUAAUCCUGAAUAUAUCGUGAGUAAUGAUGAGUGAGAAAGUCACAGAUGCACAAAUAUCAUACCCACAAGACAUGCUAAC